UCUCUCUUGUAUCACCCAACAAUCAUUCUCAUCCUAUUAUUAUUAUUAAUAUUACUCUAAUAGUAAUAAUAUAUAAUAUCAUCUAAUCAAAAUAUAACAAUACUAACAUACAACAUAACAAUAACAACAAUAACAAAAUAUGGUAACAACAUUUGAAGAUAUAACAGAAAAACCAAUUCAAACAACAAUAACAACACCACACAUAAUAUCAUCGGAUGAAGUGUAUGAAAAUGUUGAAAGAUUAAAUUUAUUUAAAGUUAAAGAAAUUGUUGAAAAACAUUUAGAAAAUUUAAAUUUAUUUUCAUUACAAUAUUCAAAGAUGGAGGAAUCAAUGAGUGAGGAAGAUUUAUUUGAUAAUCCAGAUUAUUUAUCACAUGAUUUAUUAAAUAUAAUAGAUGAUGAAUAUAAUACACCACUUCAUAAAUUAAUUUUAUUAGAAAAUUUAAACAAAUCACAAGAAAGUACAAGAUAUCAAAUUAUUGAAGAAUUAGUUAUAAAAGCUAAAGUUAGAUGUGAUGUUGUUAAUAAUGAUGGUUUAACUCCUUUAUUAAUUGCUGUAAAGAAAAACAAACCUAAAAUUGUUACUUUAUUAAUUAAAUUUGGUAAACAUUGUUCAGUGAAUGAUAAAUGUCAAUCUGCUCCAUAUAUUGGUUAUACUUCACUUCAUUCAUGUUGUACUUGGUCUUUAAUUGAUUCUAAUGAUAAUAAUUCAAAUGAUAACAAUGAUAAUACAAAUGAAUCAAAUGAUAAUAAUAAUGAUGAAUCAAAUGAAUCAAAUAAUGAUAAUAACAAAUCAAAUGAUGAUGAAUCAACAGUUAAAACAUUAAGAACAUUAGAAUCAAUGGCAAGAUUAUUAAUAUCAUUAGGAGCUGAUGUGAAUAGUAAAAAUUCAGAAGGUGAAACACCACUUCAUACCUGUGCUAGAAAUGGAACAUUGGGAGUGGCUAGAAUAUUAAUAAGUGAGGGAGCUAAUGUAAAUUCACAAAACAAACACAAAGUAACACCAUUAAUGAUUGCCUGUACAUUGGGUAAUUUAAAUAUGGUUGAUUUAUUAUUAGAUUUUGAAUUACAAGAAGAGGGAAAUGUACAAUUGAAAAAUAAUUUAUUAUCCAUUGAUAUUCAAGAUCAAAUGGGUGAUACUGCUUUACAUUUUGCAUUUCAAAGUCAAUUACAAAGAGUAUUUGCUAAUGGUAUUGAAGUUAGUCAAGAUCAUGAACGUAUUGCUUAUAGAUUAGUUUAUGCAGGUAAAGCUAAUUUAGAUUUAUAUUCUAAAGAUGAUUAUUUACCAACUGAUUUUACUUCAGAUUCUUUUAAAUUAAUUUUAAGAAUUGUUUCACAACAUUCACAUUUAUUUCCAUCUAAUUUAGAUACUUUAUUACAAUUACCUGAUGAUUUAUUAUCUUCUCCUUAUUUAGAUCCAAAAGAAAGAAAAUUAUUUGUACAAGCUAUUAAAGAAUAUAGAAAAGAUAGAAAUGAUUUAAAUGAAGCUGAAUCAAAGAAAUCUGGUUGUCCAAUGGUAACAGGUAAUAGAUCUUUAAUGAAAAAGAGAAAUAAGAAUGAUAGUAAUAAGAAUGAUAAUAAUAAGAGUGAUAAUAAGAGUGAUAGUAAGAAUGAUGAAAAAUCUAAUAGUACUGCUAAUGGUGGUAGUAGUGCAUUGGGUGCAUUAUUUGGUGGUGGUUCAAUUCCAGCACAUGGACAAGGUGGUGAUAUUUCAAAGUGUCCAUUUAUGAAGGGUAAACAACAACCUCAAGAAACAACAAGUGAAUCUACUACAAAUACUACAAAUACAACAAGUAAUAAUAAUGGUGAAGAAAAUAAUAUUGAACAACAACCAAAAGGAAAAUGUCCAAUUCCAUAUCAUAAUGAGUUAAUGAUGAUAUUUUCAAAGCAAAAUCUCAUUUAUUUACUUGUUUUAAUCAUUUGUGUUGUACUUGCAAGAGUUCUCUAACUUGGCAUAAAUAUUUGAAUAAUAAAUUUAUUUUUGAU